UAAUAGAUUUUUUAAAUAUACGAAUUAGAUAUAAGAGAUUAAUUUAUUCUUACCUUAAUCCGUGCAUCUUAAAAUUUCAUCAAAUAUAUUUUGUAAAUGUUUACUUAAGAUUAAAUGAUCAAAAUAUAUACAUAUGUUUAUAUAAUCUCAAUACUUUUCAUAAUGUUAAAAGAGCAAGUAAUUGCGUCUAUCACGUGUUAUGUUUGGCUAUUCGUAUCCAUGGGAAUCUUUUACCAAUACAUGGUAGAUUAUUAAGAUAAAUCAGUAGACAUGCGCCCUUUAAUAUAUUGUUUCAAUAUUUAUGAUAUAUAUUUGAAAAAAAUGAUCCAUUUUCUUCUUCAAUAGAUUUUAAUUCAAUAUUCAUAUGUUAAAUAACUGUAGUAAUAAUUGUAGUUGACCUAUGUAUAUAGAAACAUUGUUUUCUUUAAAUGUUAUGUUUAUUUUCCUUCUUAGUUGAUCAGUUACGAAUCAACCUUCAGAACUUUAAUUAACAACACUUACAACAAAUAUUAUUGAAAAUUACGUUGUAAUGAGGAUUCGUCUCUUCUUUCGAAAAGUUUUCUUUUAAAUAUUACUUUUAAUUGACAAUGGAAGCAGAAACGCCUGUUUCUUAUAAUAGAUUUAAAUUAAGACCAACGAAUAGACAAUUGUGGCCCAAAAAUAAAAGAGACGAAAAAUUGUUCAAAGAUUUGGUUGACUGUGUUAAUAUAAUAUUAGAUCCAUGGGAUAAAAUAGAUUCACCGCAGUUCAUAGAUUUCUUUGAUCUACCUGAAAUAUCUGAUGAAUUUUUUGAAACAAAAAAGGACGACAAACCAUUGAAGCAUAAUCCUGAAGCUCAGAAACUUCCUCGAACGAGUGAUUGUAAUAAUCGCAAUAAAUUAAUUAAGUAAUUAUUACUUUUGUUCAUUUUUAUCU